CUCAAAUGAUCAAACAUGGGAUAUAAAUGGACAUUGUGGAUAAUUUUGAUAUCAGGGGAUGUUUACAGGUAUGGUCAACAACGGGGAGACGAUUCGGCAGAGUUGGAUGAAACACGAUAGAGAGGACGUUGCAGCAGAGCAGUGGGGGCAGAACAGGACAACGGUAGGGAUGCAAAGGGAUGCAACAGAAGGAGGUGGUGGCAGCGGAGUAAUGGAAUCCAGGCUCUCGCCCAAACCCACACUCAUAACUCCAAAGUUUUCACAAUGGAGGGGGUUGAGGCCCCCGCUGGCUCUCGCCAGGGGUCAAUGACCACCGUGCGCACGUUUUUAACCCUCGAGACCACCGGAUGAACGACGUCACCCACGUGACCUUAUUCUCUAGUUUAGUCCAACUUGUGAUUCCCAAUAUCUAAUUCAACUCAAAUCCACCUAAUAUUAUUAAGAGGUCAGUUUCAUAAUUUCCUACUUAACUUAUAACUAGCCACCAAUUCAUUAGUUAGCACCUCUGGUUUAAUUUGUAGUAAUUGCCUACCUUUAUGCUCAAAUUAUAAGAAAGGACUGAAUUGCAACUGUUAACAAUCCUAGAGGUCAAAUUAUAAUUUAUAAAAACUUAAUCUUUGAGUUCUCAUUGGCUUUCUUCUUCGACGCAACACCUUCUGCGAUGCAGGAGUACAUCAGCGGCAUUAUCUGCGGUGAACUCCGUUUUAGCAGAGAAGAAAGACGAGCAGUGGCUUGACGGCAAUCUCCAAGUUCCGGUGAACAGCCGCUUCAAGUUCCAACG